UUCAACACACAAUCUGAAGCCUCAGCAGUACUUCUCAUUCCAAGUAUUUAAACCAGACACCCUCCACAUCUUCUCCCUUCACUCAUGCUCUUUGUCACCAGUCAGGUCUUCAGGUCUGUCUGAUCAUGUUGUGAUUGUUCUACAUAUGAGAUCAACAGUAAAUUAGAUAACCUCCACCUCUGUCAAGCGAGAACACAAAGGAAGUGCCCAGCCUACUCUACAGAAUAUACUGACUGCUGAAAUGGAGGAAUGGCAGCAAUCAGCAGAAGCCAAAGUGAACAUAUCACCAAUAUCUAACAGGUCCUGUGAGAAUCUGGAAUGCUACAUGGUCCUGAUCAAGGCAGAGAAAACAGCCAUCGGCUCCAUCUGUUUCCUGGCAGGUCCUUUCACAUUCAUGGAAAAUGUGCUUGUGCUUGGGGUGAUUGCAACCACAGUUACUUUGCGACAGCGGCCCUCCUAUCUGUUCAUUGGCAGCCUUGCUCUGGCUGAUGUUUUUGCCAGCUGUUUCUUCACCACCAGCUUCCUGGACUUUCACCUCUUUCAUCGUUGCGAUGGCCCCACUGUGUAUCUCUUCAAGUUAGGCGGUGUCACAAUGGCCUUCACUACUUCAGUGGGGAGCUUACUGCUUACUGCACUAGACCGCUAUCUCUGCAUCUACCAGCCCUCUGACUACAGAGUGCUGCUGACCCGCCGCAGAGCCCUGCUCAGCCUUCUGAUUCUCUGGAGCACCACCAUCUUCAUCUCCUUCCUGCCACUGAUGGGUUGGAGGUGUCCCACAGGCCUCACCCCACCCUGCUCCCUCUUGUUUCCCUACAUUAACCAGGGCUACUUGGCCUGUUGGACCAGCUUUAUCCUGGUGCUUCUAGCACUCAUUUUGGGGGCUUAUGCUCUCAUCCUGUGGAAAGCCCAUCGGCAUGAAUCCUCAAUGACCAGCCUACAGGGAGCAGCAGGGUCAGGUCAGGCCCGUAUGAGGAUGGAUAUCCAGUUAGCUCGUACCUUUGGCCUGAUUUUACUCAUACUGGUGGGCUGCUGGCUUCCUGCACUCUCCUUCAUGCUGGUUGAUGUUUCUGUGCUCCUGACCCAUACACAGCAGAGGGCUUUUGCCUUUUGCAGCACCCUCUGCCUUCUCAAUUCUGCAAUCAACCCACUGCUUUAUGCCCUACGGUGCAGAGAGCUAAGACUCGCUCUAUUACAGUCACUACAAAGACUGUGUGAGAUUGGGCGGUGCAGGAGAUCUACAAAGGACUUAAACCUUGGACUACACUCUAUAGAACACAACUGUGCUACAUUCUCUGAUGAUGAGAUGCCCAAAGCAAGAACAAUACAACUUGACUCUAUUUCUGAAAUAGUGGACAGUCAACUGGAUGGCAGAAAAUGAAGGAGGUGGACAAGUGAAAUAAAAAAAGCAACACAGCACAACGUUUGUUGCUUGUACAGAAGGCUAGGUAAAGUAUUGCCAAAAUAAUAGCUAUCAGCAUAGAUUAUGAAUUCAAUUAACACCAAACCUACAGUUUUGUCUGUCUCCAUAAAAGUCACUGAAAUAUGGUUAUAUUAUGCUUUACUUGCAUUUAAAACAACUGGAAGAGCUAUUAGCGCUUGCAUGGAGAAACAUUAACAAUGUGCUUGUGCUGGGGGUGACUGCUACCACAUUAAGUAUAGUCAAAUUCAAUCCAGUUUAAAGUCUUGCAAUAUCCUCCAAUAUUAUAAUAACACUCUUUAAUAUGGUUGACUAUUUAAAUUUUUAUGAGUGCCCUAUAAAGGUUAAUGAAGGUACAGUUAUGGAAAGCAAAGAGCAAAAGAGCAUCUUUUGCAGGGAAGGCUAAUGGUAGCAAAACUAAGAGGAUGGCUUAGGAUCACCUGAAUCAUCCUUAACUGUAACCUUUAUCAAAGGGGAAAGUCAUAGGCCUGGUCUUAAAGGUUAGGAGAUUGUCUCUACCCCCAGAACCCAAACUGUGAGCUGCUUCCACAAAAGAGGAACCUGAUGGCUAAAAGCUCGGCUUUCCACUUUAUUGGAUAGUCUAGAAACAACAAGUUAAGCCUGGUACACACACAACAAUUUUUUUUAAUCUUAUGAGAUUUUUUAUCGGUUCGAUACCUCACACGUGAAGAUAAAAAUCGGGCA